AAGAAAGUGUUACUCCGAGUGACCUUUCCCUGUCUAGUGGGUUCUGUUGUGGCCUGUGGCCUUGGUCUUGCUGAGAUGCUUCAAAGCCUUAUUAAGAAUGUCUGGGUCCCCAUGAAACCCUACUAUACCCAGGUUUACCAGGAAAUUUGGAUGGGAAUGGGGUUAAUGAGCUACAUCGUUUAUAAAAUCAGGAAAGCUGAUAAAAGAAGUAAAGCUUUGAAAGGCUCCAGUCCUGCACCUGCCCAUGGCCAUCAUUAACUGCUCCCUGAGUCCACUCACGAUGAAUCCUGUCGGCUAAACUGAAGCAAGCUGUGUUAGGUGGGAACAUGGAACAUCGCUGUGCACUUACCUAAGUACCAUUUACAAUGUGGCAUUAAUAAAUGUGUGUGAGCAGCAAAAAAAAAAAA